UAAACAAUGUGGUGCGGUGUUUGAAUAAAAAAAUUAAAAAAUAUUCACUUUUCGCCAUCAAAAGCUCGCAAAUCAACCAAAUCCAAUGGCUUUUCGUAUUUUGAGACAAAGUUUCGCAAUCGAAAGACGUUGUCAUGCCAUUUUUCGCGUAAUUUCUCGUACAAAUGCGACUUCUUCACUAUUACUUCAUCGCCCAGCAACUCAAUUAUUUGCCGAAAAAUUUUCCAAAGUCACAAAUUUUACGAGAUUUUAUAAAAAACCGACUGACGUCAACGAUGCCUCGCCCGAAGCCGUGUACGAAGUCAUCAGUGAGCAACUCAAAUCCUGUUUGUUGUCGAAAACUCGUUCCUCGCUACCAGCAGUGCGAAAAUUCCUCAAACUAUGCAUCGACAAAGGCGGUCCAACGCAAGACGAGACUUUAUUAUUGCUCAACAGCAUCACGAAUUGCCUGCCAAAUGUCCCGUCGACGCACAAAAUGAAAUUAAUCGAGCAGUUGUGGUCUCAUCUUCCGCAAAACUUGAAACGAAUCGAGCCGGUUUUCGUUUCUUACCUUCAGGCGUGUCGUUCGUGCUCGGUAUUGCUCGAUUACAACGCUUUACUGAUCGAAUUGAUGAUAAAACCGAGUCCCUUGAUACUCCAAACGAUCCUGAGUUGCGUCGCGGAGCACGGAAAUGUCGAGGAAGCCAAAAAAAUCGUCGAAGAAAUGAAUGUACGAAAUUAUCCGGUGACUGAAACGGAAUAUGCGAUGCUAAUUCACGCGAAUGGCGUCACGAAAGACCUGAAGGAAGUCGAUGCGUUGGUUGAAGUGAUGGCAAGUCGUAAAAUUGAGAUGACUUCGGUAGCGAAAGCGGAGUUGGUGAGAGCUUAUUUGCGGAAUGACAAGCCAGACGAGGCUUUAAAGGUAUUUUCUGCCUCUGGAAGUGCCAUGAAGGAGCCUCAAUUGCUUCAAGUGCUUCAAACUGUCUUGAAUCAUCAUCCCACGAAGGAAUUUGUGACUGCUGUGUUGAAAUUUUUCCCUUCCGACGUGCUCGAGGACAAGGAAAUUUAUGCGCCGUUCCAAAAUAUUUGCAUCAAACUCAUUUUCCGACGAAAAUACGACGAGCUAAAUACCUUUAUUGAAUGUCUCCCAGCGCCGAUGUUCACCGCAACUGACGAUUUGGACUCUUAUGCGGCUUUUGCGUUGGAGGAAUUGCUCAAAAAUAACGCCCCGAUGAGUGAUAUCAUGAAAUUUGUCCAUUUAUUGCGAAACGAGAAGCGAAAUGAGUUCGCAUUGCGAGUCGUAACGGGAAUUGCGAUGAAACUUGUGUCUCCCAUGGCAAGCGAAUUCUUGGAAAAAAUGAGCAAAGAAGAAAAACUUCGCACCCAUUACUUUUGGCCACUCCUAAACUACCGAAAUCUCUUCGACGGCGAAGCUGGAAUCAUCCAAACCUUAGUUUUGAUGAAAAAUUUCAACGUCGAAGUCGAUCAAGAUACUUUGAAAUUGUUCGUUUUGCCAAAAUUGAGACUCACCCUUAACGAAAUCGAAAAAGGAGCGAAGGAACUCGAUGCAGCAGGUGUUAAAAUGUCCGUUCUCAUGACGCCGUUGACGUUGCAUUUGAUGAUUAAAAGCAGAUUUGACGAUGUUGUGCGAGUUAAUGCGCUUUAUCCAGCGAAACUCGAUACGAAAAGUUUAAUUAGUGGGCUUUCGAGAACUUUUGCCGUGGCUUUGGAUGAAAAUACCAAAAUUCCUUUAAUUGCGAAGGUCAUUAGAACGUUCGUUGAAAAAAGGAUGGAGAAAGAUCACGAUGUUGCGGGACAUUUGUUGUGUGCGAUCGUGUCUCAUAGGAUGUCAAAGGCAGAGAAACGAGCGAUUAUUCAGUUGUUGGGAGAAUUGAGCUUGCAUGGCAUCAAAGUGUCGCGAAAUGCGGCGGAAACGUUGCCACAAUAUUUCGAAAGUGAGCUGGAUGAGGAGGAAAAGAAACUUUAUUUCGGAAAUAUCGUGGAUAAGACACUUUCGUUGCCAGCUGAUGAAAAUGUGGAUCAUUCUAUUAAGCAUCCGAGCAAAAUGAAUCUGGAAGAGCUCGAAUGCCAUUUAACUCAGCUGCAAUCGAAAAAUAUGAACAUCAGAGGCUGUCUUCGUCGUUUGCUCCAACUGAACAUCCGUGCAAACCGCUUAGAACGCGCGAUGGAACUAAAACUCCUUUGCGACAAAAACAAAAUCGAAAUGAGUCCCGGAAUGCUCGCUGGUUGCUUCGACAUGUACGUUCGUGUUGGUCGCUUAGAAGAAGCCGAAAAUACUUUCUUCACGUUGCAAACAAAUUACCCAACCUUCAUUAUCGAUUCCCAUAAAAUUGUGGAUUUCGCUCAGAUGCUCGUGAAAGAAGGCAAAUUCGACGAAGCAAAACGAAUUUUAAAGAAAUACGCUCCCUCCGUCAAAACCAUGGAGCAAAUUAGCAAAAAUGUGUGGGCAGUGUUGAACACAAUUGCAACAAUUGCUCCAGAAAUGCGAAAUUUGGACCCUUCCGAGAAUCAGACGAAGAAAUUUUUCGAAUUUUUGAAGAGCCAUGGAUACACGACGCACGCAAAUGCCAUUUAUGGACCCGUAAUUAACGAAUAUCUCAACAAAAAAGAUCUAAAAGCGGCAGUUGCGGAAUUUGUAAGUGUCGCAAAUGAACAUCGAUUGACGCCGUUGCAACAACAACUCAUGACGCUGCUGAUUGACACAACAAAUCGCGAAGAAAUGGCCGAAAGUUUCUCUGUUACGCAAAUGGAGGCGCAAGAAUUACUGCAAAAAGUCAUCGAAGCCUGUAACAAAGUUCGUGGCAAUGGAUCGACAAAUUUAGUCUUCAUCGUGGCCGUUAUGGAAGCUGGAACGGAAAAACAACUGAGACGCGUGCUUUUGGACCCGAAUAUUCGUUUCAAUCCGGAAAUGCUACGGAAGCAAUGUGAUUACUUGAAUGCCUUGGGCAAGCAAGACACUUUGAUGAAAUUGGCGAAAUGUAGUCGAGGAUUGCCGCACGUGCAAGAACAACUGAUUUAUAACAUGAUUUUGGAUUCGUUAAUUAAGCGAAAUGACUACCAGCAAGCGAUUAAUUUAUAUGAUGCGCUACUGAAGGAAGAUGAUGUUAAAGUCAAUAAUGAGUUUGUGAGAAAUUUAGCGGAUUUGUUUAGACGAAAUAAUCUAGACUUGCCGGCGAGUUUGGCGAUACAUGCAAAGCAAUGAGGGGUUUUAAUUUUUUUUUUAGUCAUUUAGUUAGUAAAAUAGACAAAAAAUUAAUUAAAUUUGAAAUUUAAUAGAAAAAAAUAAAAAUAUUUGUAAAAUAUUAAAAAUGUUCGAUUUUUUUAAUCAUG